AUGUCAAAGAGUCUUUUUGUUGGUUAUAUGGUUAUUCUCCUCUACAAUCGAGUUAUUCCUUACCUUUGUGUUGUGGCUUUGACUCAGGAGCCUCUAGAAGCGGUCCAUUCACUUCCUAUUAUAACAGAAUCAUCGUUGUCAGGAGCUCUGGAUUGGGGGGAGAACCCUUGGGAGGAGGCACCCACAGCUACCACUAAACCUCAACGUGGUUUAAAUUCAUCAACAAUUGCGACAAGCCAGGCCAAUUCUGGCCUGAUGGCCAAGAGCCUGCUUUCAAGGGACAAACACACCGCAAAUGUGUUUUUGUCACCACAGGCAAACAUCAACCGUGCAAAGAGAUUACCAACAAUCACAAGCAGAUCAACAGGCUCAAGGAUGAUGUUUGGCACACGUAAUCAUUCCAUCUGA